AGCGAGCGACACCGUUCGAAACGGUCAGCGCGGAAACAAAACUCUUCGAGCGAUCGUGCGCGUUUGUGUGUAUGCGCGUGUGCAUUAGUGAAAACUGCGAGGUGCAAACACGAAAUAAGGGAAACACAAAUUGCACUGUAAAAAAAACCCACCAUCCUUCUAAGGGUUAGUGUUGGGGAAAAGGAACGGAUUUUCCAAAAAGAAAAACAUACAUUUAAUGGAAAUCGUUCAACAAAGUGUCUCCAUUUUCCCCGUUGAUUUUGGUGUGAUAUAAUAAGCAAACGGUUAAAUUGUCUACCAGCGAUUGAGUGUUUGCCCAGCUCGGGUAGGGUACGAUAUUUUUACAGUUACGUGGAUUUUCUCGACAUUUCCCUACCCACACACUCACACAUACACUCGGCCGCUAAAUACCAACCGUGUACCGUGAUCGUGUGAUUUUUGUGGUGGAAAUUUGCUGGCAGUUCUGGUGAGAAUAUAACAAUAUAAAGUGGGAAACAACCUUUUCCCUCAAACGAAACGAAAAGUGUACCCGGAACAGUAAGCGAACGGGCUUCUAGACAACCCUUCAGUGAUCACAGUCCGCUGUCACGAUGAGUCCGAAACCGCACGACUUUAUGGUCACGCUCAGGCGUCCAUCGCCGCAGGUCCCGUGGGGCAUUCGGCUCGUCGGUGGUACCGAUCUGAACGCACCACUUAUCAUCACACGGGUACAGGUCAACACUCCAGCUCAGCCGGAGCUGCUCCGUGGUGAUGUGAUUACCAAAAUCGACCAGUACGAUGCGCGGGACCUCACGCACAUUGACGCGCAGAACCUGUUCCGUAAUGCCGGCAACCAGAUCAAGGUGACCGUGCGCCGCGAUGACAAGGUAGCACUGCACCAGAGCGCCCAUCCGAUCAAUGGCAAUCCGGUCGCACCGUUGACGCCCGCCAGCUUUGUGCAACCGUACCAACCGUACGCGGAACCGGUACAGCCGGCCAAGCCGCAGCUACAUCAGAAUUUCCCACCACCGGAUCCAUCACAGCUCUUGCCGAGCAUUGCGACGUCUUUGCCACAUGGACCGCAGUCGUAUGCGGCCGCACUGGAGCGUCCGGUUGAAACGUUGCCGCACACCGUGUUUCCCGGCGUGGACGAAACUGGAGCGUACCAUCUGCCCAAGCAGCCGUACCCACCACCGGCACCGACCAGUCUGAACGAUGCCAACGAAGCGAUCACUAAUCAGCCGUACCGUACCACGCCACUAGUCCUGCCCGGUGCGAAAGUACCGAAGAAGGAUACGCUCCCGACAGAGUCGUACCUCAGACACCACCCGAACCCGGCCAUGCGCGCCCCGCCAGCACAUGACUACACAGACACACUGAUGAAACAGAAGCUCGCUGAAACUGUGAUUCAUCGAGUGAUUGGCGAAGAGCCACCGACCGGUCCGAAGGUCGUUCACAAGCAGUUCAACUCACCGAUCGGACUGUACUCGGACAACAACAUUGAAAACACGAUCAGACAGAGUGCUCCACAGCAGACACAAACCGUUCCCAUAUUCAUCGAUCUGUCCUUCCUGAAGCAGAAGCAAAAGAUCCUCGACGAGCAGCGCCGCCUCGAGCAGGAGCGUCAGCUUCACAAGCAAUACCCCUUCCAAUCGUACGCCUCUACAUCGUCCGGUCGAACCUCCCGUCAGCAAACGCUCAGUCCACCGCCGGUGCCUCCACUGCCGGACUCGUACCAAAUGGUCGUCGACCCGUCAUCGUUCGCCGUUCACCACCACCAGCGUGAUCAGCAACUCCCAUAAGACCCCCGAAAAGCAUUCAUUCGACAGAUAUCGUUCCGUUUUCUCAGCGUGUGUUCUUCCACCCACUGUGCAGUUCUCCUUUUUCCUUUCCCGAUACUCCCGAAACAACCUUUCAUCAGCUGCUUUUGCAUUAUCUAAUUGAAAAAUCUACUCCCGCGCUAACGAACGCCACACCGUGUAAAUGCAUGCCCACUUGGAGUUCGGUUGCGAAUCGUCUAAAUUAAGAACCCCACUCGAAUGGUACCGUCCACUUGGAGCGUGGACAGGGUGUCAAAUUUUCGGUCGAAAAUUAUCUUGACCUCUCCGUCUCUCGCCGAGUGGAUUCGGAGAUCGACCGAAUUAGAACUGCAAAAACUCUUAAUAGAGUCAAUAUGCUUGUUAUUGUGAUUUUUUACGUGUGAUAUGUAAAUGAAGGAAGGCGAAACGCUACAGAACGAAUGAGUUUAUUACGCUUAAGCAUAGGAAAGUAAAUGAAAGGACCAAACAUUACAUACUGCUCCAAAACCCGAGAAGGAGAAGUACGUCAUGAUGAUUACCAAAUUAAUAUAAGAAAUUGGACCAAUAAUUAAACCAUAAAACCUAAACUGUGGUGACAUUUACAAAACAUAUUCAUUAUUAUUGUGUUCGUUCUGUUUCGUUUUGACUUUCGAGUUGAAAAUGAUCGUUUGUUGUUAUUUCCAUAAUAAAUAUUGCUGUUGAUCGUGUUUUCUUGUUAUAAAACUAGUGUACAAACGUGCUUUUAUCCGUGGCGUCUGUAAGAAUCUACCCGGUUGUCUAACAAAGUAUCAUUUUCUUCUCUUCUUUUCAAACUGCUCUCCAAAAAUAAAUCAACAACCAUCCAUCCAUGCCGAUGCGUGGGCAUUCAACCUACUUCGCAUACACUAUUUUAAAUACUAAAUUUGUACCAUUUAUGACACAAUUCACCUUUACGUGCUGGCCGUUCGGUUCCAUUGACGGUUACACUUACGCGAAUCACUUGCGCAUUGAACGUGUGUUGUGAAUUGUAUCUCAUCUCUUUCACCCCCCGAAAUGCCAUCCAAACUGCAACUGCUGAUGUACAACAAACCGUUCGGAAAACUGUUGCAAACACCUGAACAACAUGUAACGCUAAAUAUUCGCCAUUUUCCCCUUCAUCGUGCCGGUGUACGGGGUGGGCACCGAAAACCCCCAACAAAAAAAAAACACGUUACUGAUUGCCAAAAAUAAAAUUUUCAUUCCAUUUGGCACUAACAAAACCACAACACAACGUUCAAAUAAACACGCGCCACCGCCAAAAUGAACGUAAUAUGAUGGUGAAAACACAUCACACAACAACGAAAAACAAAAAAAAAACGAACCGUACGAUCAUGCGCUUGGGCGGUUGAAUAUUACGUAUUAACACACACGGUUACAGCUACAAGAAAACCGUCGUGUUUGACCCAUGCAAAAGCGAAACGUACCGUGCGCUGCAGGAAGGAACCGGCGAAGGUCUGCAGGAGGUACCGAAUCCGAUUCAGCCGAAAACCUUCGCCCCGAACCGUUUAGUGCCU